AUGGCUCAACAUCUCUCAAACGUUCAGGAAUACAAAGAAUUCCUCGACAAGUUCGACGUCUUUCUUUUCGACUGCGAUGGUGUUAUCUGGCACGGAAAGAACCCAAUUCCUCAAGUUAAGGAGACGCUUGAUUUGAUGCGUUCUAUGGGCAAGAGACUCUUCUUCGUGUCCAACAACUCUACAAAGUCUCGUCAGACUUACUUGAAGAAGAUCACUGACCUUGGUAUUGAGGCCAACUUGAAUGAGAUUUAUCCUAGCGCUUACUCUUCCGCCGUAUACAUUAAGAAGGUGUUGAAGCUUCCUAGUGAUAAGAAGGUUUUCGUUUUCGGCGAAAAGGGUAUCGAAGAGGAACUUGAUGAGGUGGGUGUGGCCCACAUUGGCGGUACCGAUCCUUCUUUGAACCGUAAUAUUACCUCCGCUGACAUGGAUACCAUUCGUCCUGACCCCAGUGUUGGUGCUGUUUUGUGUGGUAUGGAUACCAAGUUGAACUACUUGAAGUACUGUAUGGCUUUCCAAUACAUCCAGGAUCCCAACUGUGCCUUCCUCCUGACGAACCAGGACUCUACCUUCCCUACCAACGGCACAUUCUUCCCUGGUUCCGGUGCUGUUUCUUAUCCUCUUAUCUUUUCCUCUGGUCGCACUCCCAAGAUUCUCGGCAAGCCUUAUGGCGAGAUGAUGGAUGCCAUUGAAGCCGGUGUCAACUUUGACCGCAAGCGUGCUUGCUUUGUCGGUGAUCGUUUGAACACCGACAUUCAAUUCGCCAAGAACUCUGGUCUUGGUGGUUCUUUGCUCGUACUCACCGGUGUAAACCAGCUCGAACACUUCCAAGGCAAGGAAGAUGCUAUUGUGCCCGAUUACUACAUCGAGUCCCUUGGCCAUUUGGCCCAGGCUGCUUCCUUGUAA